CGCUCAGCUCUUCAGUCCGCAGUCCGUCCAGUCAGACUGCAUUCUUUCCGCCUGACAGCCACAGCCCGAACUGCACUCCGUCAUUUUAAGAUAAACCUGCUGUACGACAACAACUCAGCGCCUCCGUUCUCCUGCUGCUCCCCAUGUGGACAUAGAGCGGAGCUGGAGUUCGCUCUGACCUGUCUGACCAGUGAUGGAUGAGGAAGAAGAGCAGGGCAGCGAGUGUCCAGUCUGCUACGACAGUCUGCAGGACAGCGCGAGGACACUGAGCUGCGGACACGCGUUCUGCCACGACUGUCUGGUCAGGACGCUGGUCAGUGUGAACCGGGAAGGAACCGUCACAAGAGACAGCAUCAUCUGCCCCGUCUGCAGACACGUUACGUUCGUCACCAAACUCCAGGGACUCCUCGGGCGAGCCGGCGAGAAGGAGCAGAAGAUUUUGGAAGUGCCGUCGACGUCCGUCGCGCGUCCGGCGAGCGUUCACAGCGGUCGUUGUCACUGGAUAAGCGCGUGCGGGAGAUGGUUUUCGUCCAGACUGAGCCGUCAGAGGCUGGUCUGUCCUAAAGACUCCUUGCAGGUGUUCAUCAUCAGCGACAUGGGGCGCCCAAUGGCCGAUGAGGAUGUUAUUGAUGUUGGGACCAACGCAGUGAUCCACGAGAACACCACUGGCCGCAGCUGGACUAUGUGCACGACCUCCUACUGCCUGCUCGUGCUGUUGAUAAUCUUCACCUUACUCGCACUGGUAGCGGCAACGCUGCCUUGGGUUCUGUUGGUGUAGAGCAUUCCAUGGACCUCAACCUGUUUUUAUGACGUGUGAAAUGA